GCUCCGCUCCUCGUCUCUCCUCUCAGAACGCCUUUCAUGCUUCGCUCGACUCCGCGCGUUAAAGCUUCGGCCGACGGAUCGAGACAUUCGUCGCCGCUCGCCUACGUAGAAUUUGCAGCAGUUCAUCUCGAUCCGCCCUCGGAACACGCCCGGCGACUCGAUCGUCGAAUCGGAGAUCUCCGAUAGUGGGCUCCGGUGCUGCCGUCGGCGCUAGUCCAGGAGCAGAUAUGCGGGGAUGAGGCGUGAUGAAGGAUUGCGGAGAGAAGGAAAGCGGGAAGUGAAGUGAUUCUGCGGGCGGUGGGCGUUCCCACCGGAGGUUGGCUGGUCGAGCUGGAGACUGAGGACUUGCGUUCGCGAUCAAUUCGUGGCGCCAUGGACAAGUCGAGUACCUUGGAGUACAUCAACCAGAUGUUCCCUACAGAGGCUUCGUUAUCCGGCGUCGAGCCCUUGAUGCAGAAGAUACACAGUGAGAUUCGUCGUAUUGAUGCGGAAAUCUUGGGAGCCGUUCGCCAGCAGAGUAAUUCAGGGACAAAAGCUAAGGAAGAUCUUGCUGCUGCUACACAUGCUGUUGAGGAACUCACGUACAAGAUUCGGGAAAUAAAAACCAAAGCUGAGCAAAGUGAGACAAUGGUUCAGGAAAUUUGUCGUGAUAUAAAAAAGUUGGAUUUUGCUAAGAAGCAUAUAACAACAACGAUCACUGCUCUUCACCGUCUUACAAUGCUUGUCUCAGCUAUCGAGCAACUCCAGAUAAUGGCUUCUAAAAGACAAUAUAAAGAGGCAGCUGCACAGCUGGAGGCUGUGAACCAGCUGUGCAGUCAUUUUGAAGCCUACAGGGAUAUUCCCAAAAUAACAGAGCUUAGGGAGAAGUUUAAGAAUAUCAAACAAAUACUCAAGUCACACGUGUUCUCUGAUUUUUCAAGCUUAGGUACUGGAAAAGAGAGCGAAGAGACAAAUCUGCUGCAACACUUAUCCGAUGCUUGCUUAGUGGUUGACGCGUUGGAGCCUUCUGUGAGGGAGGAACUGGUGAAUACAUUUUGCAGCAGGGAGCUCACGUCAUAUGAACAGAUAUUUGAAGGAGCUGAACUUGCUAAGCUGGAUAAAACCGAACGGAGAUAUGCCUGGAUUAAGCGUCGAAUGAGAACUAAUGAAGAGAUAUGGAAGAUCUUUCCUCCUUCCUGGCAUGUUCCUUAUCGGCUUUGCAUCCUAUUCUGUAAGAAGACAAGGAAACAACUUGAAGAGAUCCUCAUCAAUAUGAAGGAAAAGCCAGAUGUCGGUACUUUGUUAUUGGCACUCCAACGAACCCUGGAAUUUGAGGAUGAAUUGGCAGAGAAAUUUGGAGGAGGAGCUAGGAGCAAAGAGAUCAUAAGUGAAGAUGACAUUGAUAAAGAUGAAAAUAACAGUCAAAUUGUUUCUGAUAUACGAAAGAAGUACGAACGGAAGCUUGCUGCACAUCAAGGAACUGAGGAUGAGGAGAAGGAUGGAAACAAGGAUACGUCAGUGCCUGGUGCUGGGUUCAACUUUCGUGGAAUCAUUUCAUCUUGCUUUGAACCUCAUUUAACGGUAUAUAUAGAGCUAGAAGAGAAAACGCUGAUGGAAAGUCUGGAAAAACUUGUCCAGGAGGAAACAUGGGAUAUUGAGGAGGGGAGUCAGAACAAUGUUUUAACCAGUAGCAUGCAGCUGUUUCUUAUCAUCAAGAGAAGCUUAAAGCGUUGCAGUGCUCUGACAAAGAAUCAGACGUUAUUCAAUUUGUUUAAGGUAUUUCAAAGAGUUCUUAAAGCAUACGCCACAAAACUUUUUGUAAAACUACCUAAAGGUGGUAUGGGGCUUGUUGCAGCAGCCACAGGUAUAGAUGGACAGAUAAAGACUUCAGACAGAGAUGAAAGAGUGAUCUGUUACAUAGUGAAUUCAGCUGAAUACUGCCAUAAGACGGCUGGCGAACUGGCUGAAAGCGUGUCAAAGAUAAUUGAUUCCCAAUAUGCUGAUGGUGUGGAUAUGUCAGAAGUACAGGAUGAAUUUUCUGCAGUAAUAACAAAAGCACUUGUGACUCUAGUGCACGGCCUUGAAACGAAAUUUGAUAUAGAAAUGGCCACCAUGACACGCAUCCCAUGGAACACUCUAGAAAGUGUUGGUGACCAAUCAGGGUAUGUUAACAACAUAAAUCUGAUGCUGAAUAAUAGUAUUCCUGUGCUUGGAAGCCUUCUGUCUCCUAUUUAUUUCCAGUUCUUUUUGGACAAGCUUGCAUCAUCUCUUGGUCCCCGCUUCUAUGUCAACAUAUUUAAAUGCAAACAGAUAUCUGAGACUGGAGCCCAACAAAUGCUGUUGGAUACUCAAGCCAUAAAGACAAUCCUUCUUGAUAUUCCUUCCCUAGGCCGACAAACAACAACUGCUGCCAGCUAUUCUAAGUUUGUAAGCCGAGAGAUGAGCAAAGCUGAAGCACUUCUAAAGGUCAUUCUGUCUCCAGUUGAUUCUGUGGCGGAUACAUAUCGUGCAUUGUUACCAGAAGGAACAACAAUGGAGUUUCAGCGCGUUCUGGAGCUCAAGGGGCUCAAGAAGGCUGAUCAGCAAACUAUAUUGGAUGACUUCAACAAACUUGGACCUGGGAUCACGCAACCUCCUGUAGCACCGCCUGUUGUUCCUGCUGUCCCACUUCCCAUAAUAGCUCCUGCAAUGUCCAACAUUGCUCCAGUCGGCUUGAUCGCUUCCGGGGAGGAUGUGCUCACAAGAGCUGCUGCCCUCGGGCGAGGUGCCGCCUCCACAGGUUUCAAGAGGUUUCUUGCUCUCACGGAAGCAGCUAAGGAUAGGAAGGAUGGACCUUUUCGGAAGCUUUUCAAUGCUUAAUCAUAUGAAUCCUCCUCAUCUUUGUGAAUUUUCAUUUUUGAAUUUGAUUCCAUUUUUUGGUAAUUCCGUAUAGCUUACGCUUCAUUUGUAAUUCCUUCUCUAAGAUUAAACAAAAAUGAAAAAAAGGAGCUUUUCUUGAA